UCACCGACUUCAGCCAUUAUUUUGACGUUUCAAGUUGACGUAUCUUGAACCACCAAAAUUCGCCUGUUGUGGGGGCACAAUCGCUUAAUGAGUAUCCGGGAACGCCUAGAACAAGCAUACGAAAAUGCGGCAUUCGGGGCGGACGAAACCUGGAGCAGCGGAUUCCACAGCCUGCAACGACCCAACAUGGACCUUCUGCUGAGAGAGAGACAAAUCAAAGAUGCCUUCGACGGGGUGCCUCAUCCGAGAGCGGUCAACGACUGCAUACCCGGAAGUAAGCUAGCCACGUACUUCGACUAUUCUUACAGUCCCUCGAGAGAACUCUCCUACGCAGGAAAUUUCAUACACCACGACUGUGCACCUCAAAGCCUCGAACAUGAUAUAUCCAAGGACCCUUGGAUGUCGGAGAUUGUCGAGCAUAACCUCAUGGAACAUCUGACCCCUAUCGAAGCUGAUAGGAAGAGCUUUCAAACGAAACCUCAACUGGAAUCGCCAUUUUUAAAAGUAGGUUAUUUCCUAGAGCAUUUUAUAAGGAUAGCAUUAGAUAGUAAAGCAGUAAAACGAUUGUGGGAGACGAAUAACUUGGACAAAAGAAGCUUUAUGUAUUGCACACCAUCCCCUAGACCCGGUAAAAGUCUCGUCGUCUACAAACCUCCUAUGGGCGAAGUUCUUGUUAGAGAACACGAUAACGACAGUCUGUCACUCGAAGACACCAAAAAAGCAUACGAAAAGGAUGAAAAUCAUCUCAAACUUGUAGAAUCAUCUUGGAAACAACAUCAGGAGCAGCAAGAGAUCCACAGUAACGAAACCCAGACCAUAGCAUGCACCAAUGAUAGCUCGCAGAGUAAAAGGCUGUACUCUGCGGUACUGCAAGGGUAUUCCUCAAACAAAGAUGCACCUCCGCCUCCUGAAUGCCAAAUGACCAUACUGAAAAGAACUGUUCCUAAAAAAGACAGAACUGUAGAUAGCACGAGUAACAUUGAAAAGAAGAAACCUGAAUCUAGCACAAAGUCAGCAGAAUAUGUUCCAGUUUGGAGGCAAAGCGAACAAACAAAAGCGCUCAAGGUUUCAAAUCAAACCACGCUGGUACGAAGCACCCCAGCUUUUACACCGACGACAUCAAGUGAAGGUGUAGCAAGUAGUAGUCGAGUCUUGGCAGCGGCUAGUCAUCUGAUCCCGCAAAUCAACGCAGCCAGGUUAUUGGCUAGUGCGUUCGUAUCUGCUUCGCAAGUAGGCGCCGUUUCUCCUCUAGCACCUCAGAGUCUCUUGCGUUUGUGUCAUCCGGCGCUCGUACGAAGACCUAUUCAGAAUGCUGUCACCACGAGGCAGGCGAUACCUCGGCGCGCCGCAUCCAACAUUUUAGCACAGAACCAGUUUCAACCGUCCACGAGUCACCAACGUACGUUUAAGCCCAAAGCGAAAACGAAACGUCACAUUGGAUGUUUGAAAAAGAUAAAUCCUAGUGCAACAGGUACCGUAAAGAAAAACACGAAGGUAGAUGUAGGGACCAACAACCACGCUAGUAGAAACGGAGCGACAUCUGGCGACGUAGAACGAGAACUAGAUGAGCUAGUCUUACGAGUAGUAGAGUUUGUUUUGAGUGAGCCUGAAUCAGAGAAUGUUUUUCCAGUAACUGGCAGUCUAUCAGACGAAUUGGAACGUCAAGCUUUGGAGCAGUAUAGUAACUCCAAUGAUAACGUGUUCCAGGAGCUAGAGCGGCAAGCCGUUGAAGAGUAUGAAGGCUGUUCGGAAAACUGCAAAAGCCCCCCGAAUUGUAAGGGUUUGUUCGGGGGGUUUUUUAACAUUAACUUUUUUAUUCUUUAAAUGAUAGGUGUUUUUAAACAGACAUUUUUAAGGAUGAAAAUUUUGUGAAAACCAAAAGAUGUACGUCUAAAACAUUACACGAAUAAUCACAGGUCAAACGUUGUUGUGUGCAAGUUUUUAUGUAUGUUUCGAAUAAAAAUGGCUCCAAAACAUUAAAAAACAUCAUUU